AUUUUUGAGAGGACCCAAUGUUUUGGGUUAUCAAUUUGACAGAAAAUGUACUCCACAGGCAGCGAGAGUUUGCUGAAGCAAGCCAGAGAAAUACAAGAUGAGGAACUUCAGAAGUUUUAUGGGCGCAUUUUAAAGUCGCUCAGCGCAAACAGAGAACAUGGAAAUGAAACCAUUGAUUCUCUUCAGAGGCUCAACUUAAUCGUAUCUGCUGCCAAAUAUGCUAAAACACUCCCAUCAGAUCUAAGGAAGAAGUUGCAGAUAUUGCUUCUCACCAAGACGCACACAGAGCAACACCAAGCACUCUACUCCUCCAUUCUGAGGGAGACUCUUCCCCUUAGUAUCCACGAACUUUCUGGUGGACUGCCAACAGACCUCAGAUGGAACAGCUAUGUUGUAACUGUUGCCAUAUCUCAGGCUGCGUGCAAAGACGAUGUAGCUCCUCUCUGUCAACAUUUGCUGAAGCAACUGGAGUCCCGACAACCUGAUGGCCAAGUGUGUAAACACACUCUUCCCGUUCUCACCAAGCUGGUGAACAACAUUCCGGAUAUUCUUACUGAGGAUCAGGUGAAUCUGGUGAGCCGGAAGCUGGUCGACUGGCUGCGGUAUGCCAGCACUCAGCAAGGAGCCUCCAUAUCAGCUGGAGGCUUUUUCAGUGGACCCAGAACACGCCAGCCUGUUCCAGUGACGGAGGUGGAUGGCACAGUGGCAGGGGAUUUCUUCACUGUGUUGUGUGUGGGCCAGAGCUUCAGUGAGGACCAAUGGAUGAACAUGUACACCUUCUCCAUGAUCCGGAAGUGGCUGCUGACCUAUGACACGGAAGGAACCUCAGGCGCAGAGUCAGACCUACCUAGUCGAGUUCAGUUCAUCCUAUCUCAGGAAUAUGAUGAGCGUUCGGAGGUGGACAGCUCGGUGGUGUCCAUGGUAUCGGCCACCUCCUCCUGCAGCAGGCUACUGGCCCCCAAGGAGAGGCUCCGCGAGAAGGCCUUCGAGUACUGCCACCGGCUCAUUGAGCAGAGCGACCGCAAGGCAAUAAAAAGGACGGACACAGAACUUCAGAAAGCGUGCAUAGUGGAGGCGGUGACCAUCAUGGACAUCAUCUGUAAAGAGGACCCGUCGUACGUGUACCGCGCCUUCCCCAGCGUCAAGGCCCUCUAUGGCCGCCUCAGUGGGGAGCCGACCUACGCCAGAGCUCUCAUCCCCAUAGCACAGUUCUACCUCAACCACAGUGAGAUGGCAGCAGUGGAUUCUGAGCCAGUUUACAGGCAGCUGUUUGCUCGCUUCCCAUCCGAACUGUUCAACGAGCCGGCGCUGGCCUACGAGUUCAUCCAGUUCUGCAGAUCCAACAUGACCAUCCUUGAAGGUGGAGUCGCACUGUACAGACAGAGUUUCCCCAACCUUUUUAAGUUCCUGGCCUGGAACAGUCCUGCCUUGGUUUCAGACUUCCUGGACCUCCUGCCGUCCCUGAUGUGUCCGGACACCGCGGUGGAGAUCCUCCACUCCCUACUGGACCUGCCCUGCCUGGCGGCCACCCUGGACUUGCAGCAAAGAUCGGCCACUUAUCAGGGGUCUGAGCGUGUGCUGUGGGACAGUGGCAGCAAGCUGGCCAGCACUCUGGAGGCCUUCAGGCAGCCAUCCUACAGAGGCCUUUUCCUCUACAUCCUCAGGCCUGAGGCCGGCUCUGGAGACACCAUAGACAGACUAAACUUGCUCCAUGACGUGCUGUCUGAAAUGACAGCGUGUCCCAGAGUUGUGCAGUGUGCCCAGGUGGUCCCUGUCUUGCUUCACGUCUUCUUCAACAAUGUAACUAAGUUUGCAGAUCAGAAGCUGAUCAACCAGUUAGCCCUGGUUCUUCUAGAGAGGAGCAGCUUACUCUACAACAUCAAGCAGUUCAAGAUCGAGCUCUUCAGGGUCUUCAGUAGUCACAUCCGUGCCCUGUGUAAACUGCAGCCGUCCCUGAUUGAGGACCAGUCUCGGGAACUGCUGGACUUCAGUGGGAGCACUGCCAACAUCUACAGCAGGGAGGAGCUCUACACAAACGUGGUGUGGUUGAUAGGAGAGUACCUGUCUGUGGCCCACGACCCGCGCUGCUCCGUGGAGCUCAUCACUAAGUUCUUUGACGGUCUGGAGGCGGUGCUGUUUGAGAUCUCCCAGGUGCGGCAGUCGGCCAGCCCGCCCUCCUACCCCCCGCGCGUCCUCACCACCCUCAUGACCACCAUGGCCAAGCUGGCCUCCCGCAGCCAGGACCUCAUACCCAGGGUGUCUCUCAGCCUGUCCAAGCUGUGCACGUUUGCCCGCAGCCGAGCGGCCCAGGCCAGCUACAGCGAGGAGGACACGGAGGAGAUAGUGACCCGCGCUCACGAGCUCACCAACCUCCUCAAGCUGCCCAGCGUGGCCCAGUUUGUGCUGGCGCCGCCCGCCCUGGGGGACAGCCCGCGCUGCCACCGGGACGCCAACGCCUCUCUGCCCAGGGCCAUGAGGACCAUCAGCGAGCUCCUGCACAAGCAGACCAGCUUCCUGCCCGCCUGAAAUGGUGGAGGGGUGGUGGGAUGACAGAGGAGGGGGAGCCGUGCCCAUCUGGGUAUGCUUGGAUCAGUUUGUCAUCAGGGUUGAUGGCUGUCAAUCAGUUGAAGCAGUCACGCUUCCUGCCUGCCUGUCUGAGUGGCGUUGAGGGGGGGCAGGGGAGCAGUGAGCAGCUGGGCUGGCUCAGUUUGUCAUCAGGGUUGAUGGCUGUCAAUCAUUAGAGCAGCUUUGCAGCACAGAGGACUAAGAUAGUCACUACGGCACUUGCUCACAGACAGGGACAUUUAUGACUGUGUGACUUACGGUGGGGUCUGCAAUGGCAUCAAAUAUUCAAACACACACACACACACACACAGGCAGGCACUAGCGAAGGAAACAUUUACUAAUGCACUACCAUCACUGUUCUUUCAUGUCUGCAAUGACCACCUUGGUACACUUUUUUUUCUUUUACAAAAUCAUGUUUAUUUUCAUGUUGUCUAAAAAGUUACAUACAGUGCAAUUUUCAACACACAUUUUAUUUCAGAAGGAAACAUCGUAUAAUCAUGUGAUUGAGCGAGAGGUUCUAGAAUUCUAGAAUGCUCUAGAAACAGAAUUCUAUUCUGUUGAUAGACACAAGCAGUCCUAUCGCUCUUUAGUGCAUAUAUGUGCAUACAUGUCUUCUUACACAAAAGAGAACAACAGAACUCUUCUAUACCAUUGUGUAUUGGAAUGUUAGGAAAGAGCAGCAACGUGACAACACAUCACAAGAUAGGCUUCUUUUGUACUGAUUUACAUCCAGCUUAAAUCAGAAGAAAAUUGUCUUGUCCUGCUUUAAUUUAGCAGUCUACAAAUCUGCUGUAUGUUUACAAAUCAAUGUGCCUUGUAUUUGUUUUAAAACCUAUGAAAAAAAACAUUGUACAGUCACAGAUCAUCAAACAAAUGUUACGUUUUUUUUACCUGAGCAUCAGUACUUGGCAGUAUAUUCAGAAGAUGAAAUAAUAGAUUACUAAGUAAUGCCGACUAUGCCACUGAAUAAAGCGUGUUUUUCAGAGGCUGA